AUGCAGAACGUGAUUAAUACGGUGAAAGGAACCGCUCUUGGAGUGGCCGAGUUUCUCACGCCAGUUCUAAAGGAAUCAAAAUUCAAGGAAACUGGAGUCAUCACACCAGAAGAGUUUGUAGCUGCUGGGGAUCAUUUAGUUCAUCACUGCCCUACCUGGAAAUGGGCUACUGGGGAAGAAGUUAAAAUAAAACCAUAUUUGCCCCCUGAUAAACAAUUUCUCUUAACACGCAAUGUUCCCUGUUACAAGCGCUGUAAACAGAUGGAAUACUCAGACGAGUUGGAGGCCAUCAUUGAGGAGGAUGAUGGAGACGGGGGAUGGGUAGACACUUACCAUCAUGCAGGUGUAUUAGGUGUCACUGAUGCAGUACAGGAAAUUUCACUGGACAAUAACAAGGACAAAAAUAUGAAUAGCACAUCUGCAGCCUGUUGUGAUGAUGGCGAAGAUGAUGAAGAUGGCGAGGCGGCUGAUAUGGAAGAAUAUGAGGAAAGCGGUUUACUGGAAACGGAUGAAGCCACCCUGGACACUAGUAAAAUGGUGCAGGCUAAAGUGAAAACAGAACCCGGGAGUGAAGACGCCAUCCUUCAGACAAGAACAUAUGACCUUUACAUAACGUACGAUAAAUACUACCAGACACCUCGACUCUGGCUGUUUGGCUACGAUGAAGACCGGCAGCCGCUGACUGUGGAACAAAUGUACGAGGACAUCAGCCAAGACCACGUGAAAAAGACUGUUACUAUUGAGAACCAUCCACACCUUCCUCCGCCCGCCAUGUGCUCCGUCCAUCCCUGCAGACAUGCUGAAGUGAUGAAAAAGAUAAUCGAGACGGUGGCUGAAGGAGGCGGUGAGCUUGGAGUACAUAUGUAUCUUCUCAUUUUUCUCAAGUUUGUCCAGGCUGUCAUUCCCACAAUAGAAUAUGACUACACAAGACACUUCACUAUGUAA